AUGGCCUUUGUCUUAGAGCUCCCCUGCAUCUACUCAGCCCUCCUCCUGCAGGAUGAAGUACCGGGCCUGGCCCAUGUGAACAUCAGGAGGUUCAUCUGCAAUGUAGGGAGUGGUGGACCUUCCCCAGCAGGAGGUCCUGCUCCCUCCACCAUUGCUGCCCCAGCUGAGAAGAAAGUGGAAGCCAAGAAAGCAGAAUCAGAAGAGUCUGCUGAUGACACGGGAUUUGGACUUUCUGACUAA